CUUCUCUGUUUCCAGGCAGAAAGUACUUUCCAACAUGGCAGCGUCGAGCAGCGCAGAGCAAACGCAGUUGCACGAUAUGGAGGAGGAAGAAGAAGGGAUGGAGGAGAGAGAGAUGGAAUCAGACGAGGAAAACCGCAUGCGAGGAGAAAAUUCAGACGAGGAAGAGGACGAUUCUUCGGAUGACGAGAAAGAAAAUGAAGCCGAGAUCCAACGCUUGGAGGAGCAGUUGUCUAUCAACGCUUUCGACUACAACUGCCACGUGGAUCUCAUCAAGCUACUGAAGCAGGAGGGGGAACUUCUCCGUCUGCGAAAAGCAAGGCAGAAGAUGAGUGAGCUCUUCCCACUCACUGAAGAGAUUUGGCUGGAGUGGCUCAAGGAUGAGAUCCGUCUGACUGAGGAAGAGCCAAACCGGGAGAAAGUAUAUGAACUUUUUGAGAAAGCCGUGGCAGACUAUAUCUGUCCAGAUAUCUGGCUCGAAUUUGCUCAGUAUUCAAUUGGUGGCAUGGGCCUGCCAGGUGGGAUGGAGAAGGUGAGAUCCAUCUUUGAGAGAGCUGUGAUGGCGGUGGGGCUUCACAUGACGAAGGGACAGGCGGUGUGGGAGGCGUACCGAGAGUUUGAGAACGUCAUCCUGUCCACAGUACAGCCUCCCCCUGGCAGGGUUCCCAGCUGCGAGGAGCAAGGGAGUCUGAAUGUUCAGCUCGAGCGAAUCCACACACUGUUUCGCCGCCAGCUGGCCGUCCCUUUAAUGGACAUGGAAGCCACCUUUGCCGAGUACGAGGAGUGGUCUGAACAGGAGGUGGCUGAGACGGUCAUGAUUCAGUACAGAAAGGCUUUGCAGCAGUUGGCCAAGUGCAAACCUUUGGAAGAAGCACUGAUAUUAGCAGAACCUCCUAAGAUGGCGGAGUAUCAGGCCUUCCUCGACUUUGAACUAAAGGAGGGCGACCCGGCACGGAUCCAGAUCAUCUAUGAGCGGGCCCUGGCUGAGAACUGCCUGGUACCGGACAUGUGGACCAAAUACACAACCUAUCUGGACCGUCAGCUGAAGUUUAAAGACCUGGUUCUCUCCUCACAUGAGCGAGCGGUGAGGAACUGCCCGUGGACGAUGGGUCUGUGGAAGAGCUACCUCCUGGCUCUGGAGCGGUAUGACGCUGACCACGCCACCGUCUCAGAUGUUUUUGAAAAGGCGCUGAUUGCAGGUUUUAUUCAAGCGACGGACUAUGUGGAAAUUUGGCAGGCAUUCCUCGACUACCUGAGGAGACGUGUUGAUUUCAGCAAAGAAUCAAGUAAAGAGUUGGAGGAGCUGCGAGGAUCUUUCGCCCGGUCUCUGGAAUACAUGAAACAAGAUGUUGAAGAAAGAUUUGGUGAAAGUGGAGAUGCUUCUUGUAUCAUAAUGCAGAUCUGGGCAAGGAUAGAGGCCCUCCACUGCAAAAACAUCCAAAAAGCCAGAGAGCUGUGGGACAGCAUCUUGACAAAAGGGAACGCAAAAUAUGCCAACAUGUGGCUGGAGUACUAUAACCUUGAAAGGUCUUAUGGAGACAACGCUCACUGUCGGAAGGCUCUCCACAGAGCAGUUCAAUGCACCUCGGAUUACCCUGAGCACGUCUGUGAAGUCCUGCUCACAUUCGAGAGGGUGGAAGGUUCUCUGGAGGACUGGGACGUGGCGGUGCUGAAGACCGAGACCCGGCUGAACAGAGUCAAUGAGCAACGAGCGAAGGCUGCUGUGAAAGAAGCUAACCACGCCCGCCAAGAGGAGGACCGAGGGGAUCAGCGGCAGAAGAACAAGGCAGACAAGAAGGGUCAGAAGAAGGGUCAGAAGGGACCAGGAGCUGUGUUGAAGAGGAAAGCAACGCAGGAUGAUCACCAUAACGAUUGGAACAAUGACUCUGCUCCUAAAAGACGUAGAGGAACUAAGGACGGUGCCACAGAGGAGAACAUGGAGACUGAGACGGGGAGGAACCCCCCACCCGGCUAUAAGCCCGGCAACAAAAGAGCCCAGCAGGGGUCCGCCGCCCAGAGUCAGAACGAUGAGAAGCCAGAGCUGCGUAACGAUGAUUGCAGUGUCUUCAUCAGCAACCUGGCGUACACCCUGGAGGAGCCAGAAGCUAAGCUCCGGGCGCAGUUUGAGAGCUGCGGUCCCAUCGCACAGGUUCGCCCCAUCUUCGCGACCAAAGGCACCUUCAAAGGCUACGGCUAUGUGCAGUUUGAAUCCACAGUGGCUGUCGCUGAAGCCCUGAAGCUGGACCGACGGGAAGUGGAGGGCAGGCCCAUGUUUGUGUCUCCCUGUGUGGACAAAAAAGAGAAUCCCGACUUUAAGAUCUUUAAAUACAACACGACCAUGGAGAGGCAAAAACUCUUCAUCUCCGGGUUGCCGUUCUCGUGCACUAAAGAGCAACUGGAGGAAAUCUGCAAAAGUCACGGCACCGUCAAAGACCUUCGCCUGGUCACGUAUCGCUCUGGAAAACCCAAGGGUCUGGCGUAUGUUGAGUUUGCCGACGACACCCAGGCGUCUCAGGCAGUUCUGAAAAUGGACGGCAUGGAAAUAGGAGAAAACAAAAUCUGUGUUGCUAUAAGUAACCCCCCGCGGAGAAAUAUGAUGGAUAAACCUGGUUUCGAAAGAACGGACUUAAUGCCUCGGCAGGUCUUUGGAGGGAGAGGCAGAGGGCGCACGCAGCUGUCGUUAAUCCCUCGAUCCCUGCACCGGCAGAGUGAGCCUGUGAGCAAAGUAAAGAACGGAACCGUGGAGGCGGCGGGAGAAGGCAGCGCAGCCGGAGAGACGAAACCUUUGUCAAACUCAGACUUUGCCAGGAUGCUUCUCAGCAAGUGAGAGGAGGAGGAGGAGAGAAAUAUGACUGCCUUCGGACCGAAAGCCAUCUUGUGUCCUUACAAAUACGUCUCGGAGAGUUUUCUGUAUUUGGUUAGCUGGCUUCCCUUUAACCUCAGUCCUGUCAGGUGGCCAACGUCCUGCCCUCCAUCGGAAAGACUCUUCACCAGUGUGACAGAUUGUUUUCAUUUGUGCUUGUUUGAAGGUAGAUGGCUGGGUAUUUUAUAAAAAGAAAGUGUAUAAUUGUGUGUAAAUAUAUUGUAUCUAAAAUGGUACGCCUCGUGUUGCAAAGUGUCUUCUUUUGUUGUGAAUUGUGAAACAGAACUAAGAGAAGCAAACAGCGGAGUAUCUUUUUUAAAUAGUCAUAGCAGAUAAACUAGUUAAUGUUGUUUUAAAAAAGUGAGAUGCAAAAGUUCAGCUGUGGCGUGUGUUUGUGUGUGUGUACAGAAGAUGGAUGUACUACAAUAAUGAAAAGAUAUUCUCCAGAUUUUUCAGGAAACUUAUUUUUCUCUGAAGACAAAGUUAACAAGGCUAGCAAUGACUUUUUAUGACUAUAUAGUACAGCUUAUUUUCAUAAUACCAUCUGUGAGUUACCAUCUGCUAUUAACCAUCAGUAUUAUGAUGCUAUAGAGUUUACAGAGGGUCAUUAAAAUACUAGUUAUUUGGCUUUGUAUCAGCCUGAGGGCAUAUUAGAAUAAACUUCCCUGUCUUCACGUCAAACUAUUGACUGGACUGCUCUAAGUACACGUUCUCUGCUUUUAUACAUCACUGUUAAUAUCACCUGUCUGUUCAAGGUGAAAACAUCCAUCAUCACAUCACCUAUAUUGUUUUAGAAACUACCCAUAAUACCCUCACCUUGCGACACUCGCAUGUGAGCGAUAGAUAAGAAACAUUUCUACGUGGCUCUUUCGAUGGCUGCAGUCUUUAUUUGCAAAGAUAAGUGCAUCUACAUAUAUUGUAUUUUAAAAAUUGAUUGUUCAAGUCAAAUGUAGAUUUGUAGUUUAUUUUCAGUAUCUCAGCUGUUCAAAUUGUUAUUUUUCUUACAUUUAGGUAAAUAAACUGUAUCUUGACGUUAGACGAUUGAUAGGAAUACGUAUGUCUUCAUCUUAGGCUCUAGAUAACUGAUGGCCAUUUUUCGUAGUUUUUUUCAAGCAGACAAAAUAAUUAAUCGACUAUUUAAUAACAUGUUACCUGAAAUGGUUUAUAAAUUAAGAAACAUUAAUUCAUUUUGGGUGUUAGGAGAUGACCAUACAUGCUAGAAAGUAUAUGUGGAACUAAAACCUAAGUACAGUUUUAUUAAUGUGACCUGGUUUACUUUGUAAUCAUUGAAGUCUUCUACACAGUUUAGGUCUGCUGCUCCUUCAAAAUGAAAGGAGAAUCUAUGCAGUUUUUCCUUUUCUGUGUUCUGAGGUUAUGAGCCGACCAUUACUCAAGUUUGUUUUCAUAAUGUUCUGUAUGAUCAUUUAAAAAAAAAAAGGUAACCAGUUUGUUUAUAUAGUAUAAGUAUACAUUUUCAAAACAAAUGGAAUACAAGCUAUAUGUAUUGCUCUCACCACAGUGGCCUAAUCUAAGAAAUAGAAAUGUGUCUCGUCACCUAUUUUCUGUCUAAUACUAAAAGGUUCAUCAGUGUUGUUUUGUAUAAUUUAUAUAGUAAAUGUUUUGAAUUUGCUAUAAAGGUCAAGAAUAGA